AUGGAGCAUCAGAUUUCUGAAUGUGCCAAGAACUUCUGUAUAACAUUUUCUGCAAAACACAAAUUAACUCUAACUGGAAAUAGACACAAUAAAUGCAUGGAAUAUGACACACACUCUAGCCAAGAGAAUGAACUAAAAAUGCUUAAGAAAGCUGACAAGUUGGAGAAUUUAUCUGUACUCAGUGACUAUAAAAAUAGAUCUACAUUUCAUUGUAGCUUUCCAACUUACUGUAAAACUCAUGCCAGGGAGACACCUAUGGAUGAGUGCCACACUCUCAGCAUCAUUAAAAAUACCAGAACAUUUGAAGAAACUGAAGACUAUGACAAAAAGAAACACAGUUUGUCAGUGCACCAAAAAGACUGUGCAAGAAUACAUCAAUGCAAGUCUCUUGCUGUCUGUGAGAAAAUGCUGAUGCAGAAGAAAUCACACACAAGUCCAUCAUAUUGUGAGACAGUCAGAUGGAACAGCCCUUCUGAGUUCCAUGAGAAUGUCCUUACAGAAGAUGCACCCACUAUUUGUGAAACCUCACAAAAUGCUAACGCAUCCAGUGAGCAAACCCAAAAUGUAGGAAAAGCAUAUCAGUUUGGAAAGCAUAGUAACAAUUUGAAAAGGAAUCGUUUCUCCAUAGACCACAAAAAAACUCAGACUAGAAAAAAGCCAUAUAAACGAAAAAGAUGUGACAAGACCUUUGUGAGGAAUAUUCAACUCACAUACCAUGAGAGGGCCCACACCGGUAAAAAGUCAUGUAAGCGUACAGCACGCCAUAAGAGCUUUGUGAGUGAGACUGAGCUUGCAUAUCAUAGAAAAAGUCUCACUAAUGAGAGACCAUAUAAACGUGCAAAAUGUGACAAGAGUUUUACAAAAAGGAAGUAUGUCAUAUACCAUGAGAAAACCUAUAGCGAUGAAAGGCCAUAUAAAUUUGAGACACGAGACAAGAGUUUUACAUGGAAGCAUAACCUCAAAUCCCAUGAAAACUUCCACACAGAGGAGAAGCAAUAUACAUGCACUAUGUGUAACAAAAGUUUUAUGUGGAAAUCUCAGCUAAAAUACCAUGAGAGAACCCACAGUGGUGAAAUACCAUAUAAAUGUGCAACACGUGACAAGAGUUUUAUGUUAAAAGGGGUGCUAACUCCCCAUGAGAAAAUUCACGCUGAGAAGCGUCAUAAAUGUGCGACAUGUGAUAAGAGUUUUAAAUGGAAGAGCUAUCUCGUACAGCAUGAGAGGACCCACACGGGUGACAGGCCGUAUAAAUGUACGCAUUGUGAGAAGAGCUUUGUGUGGAAUAGUCUACUUGUAGAUCAUAGAAGAAGACACACUGGUGAGAGCCCUCUGAAAUGUGCAAUAUGUGAAAAGAGUUUUAUGUCAAAGAAAUACCUCCGAUACCAUGAGAAAAGUCAUACUAGUGACAGACCAUAUAAAUGUGCAAUAUGCAACAAGAGUUUUAUGAGGCAGAAAUAUGUCAAAUACCAUGAGAAAAGCCACACUGGUGACAGGCCUUAUAAAUGUACAAUAUGUGACAAGAGUUUUGCAUGGAAGAAAAGCCUCAUAUCCCAUGAAAAAUCCCACAUUUCAGAGAACCAAUAUAAAUGUGCUGCAUGUGACAAAAGUUUUAGAUGGAAAUUUCAGCUAACAUACCACGAGAGGACUCACAGUGGUGAUAGGCCAUAUAAAUGUUUAACAUGUGGCAAGACUUUUAUGUCAAAUGGGGUGCUGAAGCGCCACGAGAAAGCUCACACUGAAGAGAAGCAGUAUAAAUGUGGUACAUGCGAUAAGAGUUUUUUACGUAAGAGCAAUUGCACACAACAUGAGAGGACCCACACUGGUGACAAGCCAUAUAAAUGUACAGCAUGUAACAAGAGUUUUACAACAAAGAAAUGCCUUAUAUCCCAUGAGAAAUCCCACACUUGA